AACCCAACGCAAUUCCCGCCUAAGUGCUUAAACGGUUCUGCGUAUAUCAACUCGAUCAAAGUGAGUCAACGCUUCCACGGCAGGACAGCUCUAGUGUGGUGCAGGGCGGCGCAGGCUGGCGCAGAGGAGGGGUGCGAAGGUGCCAGAUGGCCAGGGAAGACAUGCUAACCAGUUCUUCUCUAGAUGAAGCUUAUCGCCGCUUACCUCCUCCUCCAACAGGGUGGCAACGCCUCCCCCUCCGCCGCCGACAUCAAGGCCCUUCUCGAGACCGUUGGUAUUGAGGCUGAGGAGGACAGGCUCUCCAAGCUCAUCUCUGAGCUCGAGGGCAAGGACAUCAACGAGGUCAUCGCCGAGGGUGCUUCCAAGCUCGCCUCCGUUCCCUCCGGUGGUGCCGCUUCCUCCGCCUCUGCUGGUGGUGCCGCCGCCGCUGCCGGUGGUGACGCCCCUGCCGCCGAGGAGAAGAAGGAGGAGGCCAAGGAGGAGUCUGACGACGACAUGGGCUUCGGUCUCUUCGACUAAGCGUCUCGUCCAAGACACUCAUUUGGUGCUUCUGCCUAAUGGAUGUAGCUUCUCGAGAGCGAGUUGUAUUCUGCUGGAUUAUAGUAGAGCCCUCUUCUCUUUCGUGGCAUAUGCAUGAGGUUCCUUCUACAUUAGGCACGGAUUUAGUGAAAAUGACAUCGGGUACGGAUCUGGUAAAAAUGAAUUCAGAGGACAGUUCAG